AUGGCGAGCGCCGGCGCCUAUCCACAGCAGGCGCUGGCCCCUUUGCUCCCCCUAGCCCAUACUGCAGUCGAGUUCAGCGAGGCCCUCAUACCCAGCGCGCGUGCACGGCUGCUGCGGGCAGAACUCUCCGAAACCUUCUCUGUGAUACCAGUUCCUGCUCGCACAGCUGCCCGCUACGCUGGUACCCUAGCAGGCGCUAACCGGGCGCCUUAG